AUGGAUCCCGGAACCUCGGGAGAUCGGGAUGGUAUUCCACCGGGUGGAUCUUCUUCGCAAGCCCGCCGAGGGCAUCUCAUACUUCACCCCGGCCCAGAGCCCCCCGCAGGCACAGCUCGGGACCCCCAAACGAGCGGAAAGCCCAUUCCCAAGCUGUUCAAGCCUCUCACCAUCAGAGGAGUGACUUUCCAAAAUCGUCUGGGCCUGGCGCCCAUGUGCCAAUACAGUGCCGAAGAUGGACACAUGACUGCAUGGCAUUUGGCGCACUACGGCGCCAUUGCCCAACGCGGUCCAGGAAACCUGAUCAUUGAAGCUACCGGAGUUGUGCCCGAAGGCCGUAUCACACCGCACUGCGUGGGCCUCUGGAAGGACUCGCAGAUCGCGCCGCUCAAGCAGGUCGUUGAGUUUGCGCACAGUCAGGGCCAGAAGAUCGGUAUCCAGCUUGCUCACGCUGGCCGCAAGGCAUCAUCUGUCGCCCCUUGGCUCGGCGGCGUCGUCGCCAACAACUCCGUCGGCGGUUGGACUGAUAACAUCAAGGCUCCCAGCGCCAUUCCUUUCUCCGAGGGCGAUCCCAUUCCCAUCGCCAUGACCUUGGAGGAUAUUGCCGGACUCAAGACUGCCUGGGUUGCUGCUGUUAAGCGUGCUAUCGCUGCUGGCUGUGAUUUCAUCGAAAUCCACAACGCGCACGGUUAUCUCCUCUCGUCUUUCCUCAGCCCCUCGUGCAACCAGCGUACCGACCACUACGGUGGUAGCUUCGAGAACCGCAUUCGUCUGUCUUUGGAAAUCGCUCAGUUGACCCGUGACACCGUCGGUGACGAUGUGCCCGUCUUCCUGCGCGUCUCGGCGACCGACUGGCUCGAGAACAGCAUGCCAGCUGAGAAGGGCUGGAAGCUCGAGGAUACCGUGGAGUUCGCUCGGGCGCUUGCUGCGCAGGGUGCCGUCGAUCUCAUCGAUAUCAGUACUGGUGGUGUCCACUCUGCUCAGAAGAUUACCUCCGGCCCUGCUUUCCAGGUUCCUCACGCUGCUGCUGUCAAGAAGGCGGUUGGUGAUAAGAUGCUCGUUGCUGCUGUUGGUAUGAUCAACAAUGGCAACUUGGCGGAGAAGAUCCUUAACGAGGAUGAUAUCGAUGUCAUCCUUGUUGGUCGUGCGUUCCAGCGUGAUACUGGUCUUGCGUGGCAGUUUGCUAAGGACUUGGAUGUUGAGAUUGCCAUGGCGGGACAGAUUCGUUGGGGCUUCACCAGCUUCCGCAAUGCGUCUGAAUACAUUCAGCCUAACUCGAUGAAGGCUUGCAUUUUUGAUUAG